CACAACAUGUCAGGGCUGCAUGUCACAGAUAAAGCUGGAACUCCACUUCCUCAUCUCCUCCUGAUGCUGGAUGAUGGAAAAUGGGACAGCGAGACUUGGGCAGACUGACCCAGGCACGGCCCGAGACACAGAGACUGGCAAGCAGGUGGUAUAGACACAGAGACUGGCACACAGGUGGUAGAGACACAGAGACUGGCACACAGGUGGUAGAGACACAGAGACUAGCACACAGGUGGUAGAGACACAGAGACUGGCACACAGGUGGUAGAGACACAGAGACUAGCACACAGGUGGUAGAGACACAGAGACUGGCACACAGGUGGUAGAGACACAGAGACUGGCACACAGGUGGUAGAGACAGAGACUGGCACACAGGUGGUAGAGACACAGAGACUGGCACACAGGUGGGAUAGAUAGACAAUGUUCAGACAGGGACUAAAGUUACAGAGACUGGCACCCAAGAAUUAUAGACAUAGUAACGCUAGACAGGUGGUAUAAAGACAGAGACUGGCACAUAGGGGAUAUAAGUGAAUAGCAUACAAGUGGUAGAGACAGUGGCUGGCACAUAGAUUGCGUAGGUACAGGAAUGCCUGGACAGGUGUUAUAGAGAAAGAGACUGUCACACAGGUAGUACAGACUCAAUGACUGGCACACGGGUAGUAUAGACUCAGUGACUGGCACAUAGGUAUUAUAGACUCGGUGACUGGCACACAGGUAUUAUAGACUCAGCGACUGGCACACAGGUAUUAUAGACUCAGCGACUGGAACACAGGUAUUAUAGACUCGGUGACUGGCACACAGGUAGUAUAGACUCAGUUACUGGCACACAGGGUAGUAUAGACUCAGCGACUGGCACACAGGUAGUAUAGACUCAGCGACUGGCACACAGUUAUUAUAGACUCAGCGACUGGCACACAGGUAUUAUAGACUUGGUGACUGGCACACAGGUAGUAUAGACUCAGCGACUGGCACACAGGUUUUAUAGACUCAGUGACUGGCAAACGGGUGGUAUAGACUUGGUGACUGGCACACAGGUAGUAUAGACUCAGUUACUGGCACACGGGUAGUAUAGACUCAGCGACUGGCACACAGGUUUUAUAGACUCUGUGACUGGCACACAGGUGGUAUAGACUUGGUGACUGGCACACGGGUGGCAGUCAGGUCUUAAUCUGAAGAACAGACGUCCACCGGACACAAUGGAUUUUCGGGUUGUCUUGGCGCUCGCUCUUGUGGUGACCUGUGGAGUGGAAGGCUGCUCCGUCCUCCCGUCUCCCUCCCUCUCUCUGUCCCUAUUGAGUGGGCGCAUGACACUUAACUCCCUGCAGUGCCUCCUCUGCCUGGACAGGAAAGCCUUUUCUCGGCACAAUCACACCUUCACCCUCACCAAGAAUGGAAAAGUGGUGAAAUUCAGCCAGGUGAUGGGCCGGAAAAUAUGGUACCCGCUGGACAACAAGAAGAACAACACCGGCCUGUGGGGAUGUAAUGUGCAGGAGUUUCCUGACCUCAGGGCUGAGUAUUAUGUGGGGGCCCCCACACCUGACCCCCCAGGACUAAAGAAGGCAGACACAGAAGAGGCCUCUGUUCCCAUCGCCUCCGCCAUGUCGACAAGAAUCCUGCUGACCAUCAUGACUGCAGCGCUUCUACUGAUAAUGCUCACUAUCGUGAUCUGCUUGACCUCGGGCAUCCUGAUAAUGAAACGCAGAAGAACAUCCGCUCCCCAUCAACAUCGCCAAGACAGAAAGAGAUCUGACAACUUCCCUCUCACGGAAAAUAUCAGCUCCGACCCCGGCCACCCUAAACUGGAGCCUGACAGUGAAGUAUCUUACGUGGAGCUGGAGAUCAUACGGGAUCCUUUCCGAAAACCUUCCAAGAGUCAUAAUACAAUAUAUGCCAACAUCAUGUGACCAGAAGAGGCGACUAAGCAGAUCAAGUAUAUGUGUAGGAUUUCAGGUGAUCGCGAGAGGAAGGAUUGCGAAGAUGAAGAACCCCACAGUCUUCCUCUCUCCAGCCUGAGACGGCUGAUAAACCGGGAGCAAUAGACAGCGGAUUUAUUAUACUUUUAUACUAUAAAGCUGCACAUACAUAUAUACAGUAUAUCUCCAUAAUCCACCAUUCUUUAGGCCCAUCACAACAAUUUUUUGGGCUCCAUCCACCAUUCUUAGUCUAUGGGACCCGACCGGCCAUCAGCUGAGCAGAACUGACCAGUUGGCUUUUCCAUUAAGAUAAGCGGCGCAUUGUGUGCAUGGAGACGCUUAUCUCUGGGGGAUGGGUAAAACAUUGCUUUCUUUCAUCGUCCCAGGGUGUAUCUUUUACUGUGUGACUUUAGACUAAUGAGUUUCAUGUUUUCUUGAGGAUAAAUUAUUCACAAUGUGUGAAAUGUAAGUGAAUAAUAAAACUACAGAAGGCUUGGC